AUGCUCUGCUCAUUCAUCCUCGCUGCUUUCUCCAGUGGCCUUGCCACCGCUUUGACGAUCAACACAGUUCAAUCCUCGACUAUCGAGACUCGCCAAGUGGGAAUCGACGUCUUUCUCCGUAUUCAAGACUGGGGAACUCCUGGCGGUGGCACUGGCAACCCUGCCUGCAUUCCCAGCUGCAUGUUGACGGUCAACGCGCCUGGCUAUUGUGAUAUUGGGACGUCAGAUUGGAGCGGCGAAUGUAUCUGGAACUAUGACAACCCGCCCUCGGGCACCCGGCCUGUGACUGGUUGCGAUGGCUGGACGACUCGCUGGGAGCGAGUCAAUGGCGUCGCCACUGUCUUUGUUGAGACGGCCGACGCUUAUACCGACUUUGGCCUCAACUCUUGUCAUUCUCCCGACUCCAGCGGUGGCAGUCAAUGCGGCCCCAACGGGGAUCCUUGUGACUGUCCCGAUUGUCAGGCAUGA